AUGGCUUUAGAGGAAAGUGAUUCAUGGAGUUUAGGAGGAAUAAUUGGAUCCUUUAUUGACCUUUUUGUAGCUUAUGUAUUACUAUGUGGAUCCACUUUUGCUUUCUUUGUUUCAAAAUUUCUUAGGCUUUUUGGAUUUUAUAUGCCUUGUCCUUGUAAAGGGGUUUUAGGUUAUAGAAAUAGCUAUCUUUGUUUUCAUAUGCUAUUGUUUGAAUGGCCUUUAAGGAAGAUAUGCUCCAUUCAAGUAAUGGCGAUGAAAAGGUUUCCAUUUGAUUUGGUUUGGGUCAAGAAAGGUCAUUCUUUAGACAAUAUCAAUGAUGAGAAAACAUGUGAUAAUAAUAGUAAUAGGAUUGUUGAGUUGGAAGAUGAGAGUUCGAGUUCGGGUCCGCGUUUGCAGGAAAUUGGGUAUGAUGUUAAAGGAAAGGGGGUUUUGAGUUUGAAACGUAGGUCGGGAUUUCGUCGUAGGAAGAGGAGUGGUUAUGAUUGUGGAAAAAUCGAUUCCGUUAUUCGUCAUCAUAGUUUCCAGUCUGAUGUUACAUUCACUUCCACGCCUUGCGAUGGAAGCAGCCGUAUAAUAAAAGAUAAAUCCAGUCAGAGCUCAAAUUCUGCGUCGGGGAAAGAAGAAAGUUUGCAAUACUAUGACCAGACGAGCCAUGAUUUGGACGAAAAAACAUGUCACAGUUAUGAAUUCAAUGCAUCGAUAGUUGAAAGUCUGGGACAGGGAGUAUAUUCAUCGUCUUUGGAACACUACUCGAGCGCUACUGCACGAGAUAAUGAUCAUAUUGUUGGAAAUGAAGAGAGCCGUAUCAAGAUGUAUGAAAACAUGCUUGAAGAAGAGAAAGCUGCUUACGCGGCUCUUUAUCUAGAGCUAGAGAAGGAGAGAGCUGCAGCUGUUACUGCUGCGGAUGAGGCCAUGGCUAUGAUAUUGCGUCUGCAAGAGGAGAAAGCUUUGAUGGAAAUGGAAAUGAGACAAUACGAUAGGUUGGUUGAAGAACGAGUUGCUUAUGAUGAAGAAGAGAUGAGUAUUAUGCAAGAGAUUCUUAUAAGAAGGGAAAAGGAGAAUCUCUUUCUGGAAAAGGAACUUGAAAGUUAUAGGCAAAUGUGUUUGACGGGAAAUUGCGAGUCGAAAUCUAAGUCGGCGGAUGUACUGCUUAGUGAAUGGAAACAAAGGUCACCACUUUCGUUUGAAAUAUAUGAUGAUCCACUGCAGACAGAAAGUGUCGUAUCUAAUGUUAAGGGAGAUUUUACCGAUACGGAACAUGGAGAAGAGCCGGAGAAGAACACUAGACACUUGGAUCAAGCGUGUGGUGACCGGCAUAGCUCUUUCAAUGAUACCGAGUCUGAUGUUCUUGACGUUCAUGUUAUUGAUGACAACAUUGAACAUAAGGAAACUGAAAAUUUAAGUAGCUCUUCAUAUAGUACUCUUUCAGACAAACCGAUGAGUACACAUCUUGAACGUGCAAGUUGUUCAGAUGCCGAUUCAAAAUGCAAAUCUAUACCUUUCGAUACUGAAAGUAAUUCUCCUUAUUUGGUUCAUAAUGAAAAGUUGAGGAUUGACAAUGAGAUUGAAGUUCUUGGAGAAAGGUUGAGGACAGUGAAGCAUGAAAAAGAGAAAUUGACCUUGUUUGCGGACAAAGGCGAAAACGAAAAAGGUCAGUUGAAGCUUUUGGAUGAGAUAGCAGCCCGUCUUCAACAAAUUAAACAAUUAAGGAAGCCGCCUGCACGCGGUGCAUCCUUGCCUCCUAAGCCUGCGCGUGGCGCAUCCUUGCCCCCUUCAUGGACUCAGGUGAGCGAGAGGAAGAGGCGCAGCCAAAGUGUGACCUUGGAGACUUGUGAAAGCUCCUAA